GACUGAUGGCGCCAAGUGAAACUGGGUUGACUCAUUUUACUAAUGAAUGACACCAUUUUAGGUAGUAAAAGCAGCGCGGAGCAGGACGGUUUGUGCUGUGUGUUUACUGAGGGGGAGAGGAUCGCUCGCUAGAUGCCAGUGGUGAGAGCGGGAGAGCUUUUUACUUGCCUUUUCUUUUUUUUUUGUUGGUUGUUGUCAUCCUUGUUUUGAGCUUGUUUGAACGGAGGGGAGGCAGAGCUUGUUGCUUUCAGACCAGGUGCUUGGAAGUCGAGAUGAUGGAGCCGGAGCUGAGAUACCUGGAGGAGUUUGUGGACGUCAGCCCCCCGCAGAGGAACUGGAAGGGCAUCGCCAUCUCGCUUUUGGUGAUCGCGGCCGUCUGCUCGCUCAUCACCAUGUCCGUGGUGGUCCUCACGCCUGCUGAACUCCCAGGCAGCAGCAAGUCCGCUCUGACGGUGGAGGAUCUGUACUCGUCAGAGUUCAGCGUGCACAGCCCCGAAGCCACAUGGAUCAGCGAUUCAGUGGUGGUGUACAGGAACCGAGACGGCCACGUUGUCAAGUUUGAUUUCACCUUCAACCAAACGGAAGUCCUUCUCAACAAUACCACCUUUGUGGCGUUCAAGGUGGCAAAGUACUGGCUCUCUGCAGACCUUCAGUAUGCACUCUUUGCGUAUGACGUCAAACAGGUGUACAGAUAUUCCUACCAGGCGUCAUACAUUGUUUACAACAUAUACACGAGGGAGGUUUGGGAGCUGAACCCUCCGGAAGUUCCCAAUGCUGUGCUGCAGCAUGCAGCCUGGGGACGGCAAGGACAACAACUGAUAUACAUCUUUGAGAAUAACAUCUACUACCAGUCUGAUGUGCGGAGCAGCUCCCUGAGGAUCACUUCAUCCGGCAUGGAGGGUGUCAUCUUCAACGGGCUGGCGGACUGGCUGUAUGAAGAGGAGAUUCUACACUCGCACUUGGCUCACUGGUGGUCACCGGAUGGAGACAAACUGGCGUUCCUCACCAUCAACGACACACUGGUCCCCAACAUGGCCCUGGCCCAGUUCACUGGUAGCACCUACCCCCGUGGACUCCAGUACCCUUAUCCAAUGGCCGGACAGACAAACCCCGUGGCUAAAUUAUCGGUGGUCAAUCUCUUCGGAGUAACACACACUGUGGAGCUGCAGCCUCCAGAUCAACUCAGGCUGAGGGACUUCUAUGUCACCAUGGUGAAGUGGAUCAGCAACACCCAGCUCGCCGUGCGGUGGCUCGCUCGGCCCCAGAAUACAUCACUGCUGACAGUGUGCGACGCAGCCAUAGGAGCCUGCUUUGUGAGAUGCGAGGACUCCUCUGAUAAAUGGAUCUCCCGGCCGGACCAGGAGCCUCUGUUUUCUGAGGACACAAGCAAGUUUUUCCUCACUGUGCCCGUGAGGCAAGGAGGUCAGGGUGACUUCCACCACAUCACCAUGUUCACCAAACAGGACGAGAUCCGCCACAUAACGUCAGGCGACUGGGAGGUGACGCGCAUUGUGUCUUACGAUGAAAACAAGCAGGUCAUAUACUUCCUGAGCACAGAAGUUUCUGCACAAACAAGACAUCUAUACAGCGUGUCCACGGUCGGCCUGUUUCCACGGCGAUGUCUAACGUGUGGGCUAAGGGAUGGGUGCACGUUCUUCGAGGCCAACAUCAGCCCUGACGCAGAGCGAGCCGUCCUGCGCUGCAAAGGUCCGGGAGUUCCAUCUGUACUGCUUCUAAGUUUGGAGGAGGUGGAUUCCUAUUUCAUCCUGGAGAAUAAUCGUCCUCUGUGGUCGAUGCUGGACACCAAAAGGACAGUCCAGACCCAAAUGCACACCGUCCAUCAUAGCAACUUGGCGCUGCCUCUGAAGCUCAUCCUUCCUCUUGACUUCUCCGAGUCCUUCCUCUAUGGCCUCCUGCUCAUUGUCGGAAGCUCUCCUGGCGAUCAGACGGUCACAGAGGAGUUUAAACUAGACUGGGACUGGGUGCUGGUUGGCUCGGGGCAAGUAGUGGUGGCCAGACUCGACGGCCGGGGAUCACGAUUCAGAGGUCAAAGGAUGUUGCAGCAGCUCCAUCAGAACGUUGGCCAAGUGGACGUGGAGGACCAGAUAGCAGCUCUGGAGUACUUAAUGAAGCUGCCCUUCAUCGAUCCCACUCGGGUUGGAGUUUUUGGAGAGGACUAUGGCGGCUACCUGACGCUAAUGCUGCUGAAGUCCACGGAACAGAUAAUCCGAUGCGCUGCGGCCCAGGCUCCUAUUGUCGACUGGACCUUGUAUGCUUCUGCAUUCUCAGAGCGCUACUUUGGUUUGCCUUCGACAGAGGACAACAUAUAUCAAAUGUCCAAAGUCCUCCCUGAAAUGAAAGGUGUGCAGGGAGGAACUCUGUUUCUAGCCCAUGGGACCGCUGACGCAAACGUUAACUUCCAGCACUCGGCAGAGCUCAUCAAGCACUUGAUCCGGGUGGGAGCCAACUACACGAUGCAGAUCUACCCCGACGAAGGCCACUUCCUGUCGAGGCACAGCCGGAUUCAACUGAUGCACUCUUUGAUUGGUUACUUCAGAGGAUGUCUCCUGGAGGCCUCGUCGUUACUGGACCGCCACGCCGAGGAUGAGUGAGGGGUCGGCGGGGAGUUAACGCCACAGGAAAUGAGCGUGUGUUUACAUGUAGCCUAAUAUUUGGUCGACAAGUGGAUGACUUCAAAGAUCAGGUUGUGUUUAUUUUUUUUUUUGCUUUAUGUCCUUAGAUGCGUCCUCGUGUGCAGACUAAGACCAAAUCAUUUCUGUCAUGGCAGACAUGAGACAAAGUGUUGCCGGAGGCUUGAAGCCAUCUUAGAGCUGUGCAAUGACUGUAGAUUUCUGCCUGUCACUGAGGCUUUUUAGUUUUUACUUGGUGUCAGUAUUUCUGUUGUUUGUGUACCGUAGGUCUGGAUUAGUUUUGGCCUCAUCCCUCGGGUGAAGAACGCACCACGAUGGCUUUUCCUCGGCGUGCUACCUGGUGGUCGUUUGAGCACACUGCAGCUUGUCCUGGAUAUAUUACCCACUCCUUAGGCCCCUUCUGCACUAAGCCGGCUAGGGUUAUCCAGGGUAAAUCCCACCUAACCGUAUCAGUUUUUCUUACCAUUAUCACUGGAAGACAAGGAAUAGGUAAACAUGUUACGAUACACACCGUUGGAGGAUACUAAAAAGCAAAGCAAACUGCUAAGACAGAGCUCUUGAACGGGUGGGCAGAUCGAUACAAACAUC